AUGCUUAGUACUGAUGACAAAGCUAGGGAAGAAGAGAAUAAGAAGCUGGAAGCUCCCAAAGUGGCUUCUUUUAAUCUUAAUGAUUUUACAAUAAUCAAAGAAGGGGAGGCAGAGAUUUUAAUGCACGCCAAAAAUGAAGUCUUUUUCAAUAAAACUCAGGUUAAUAAUCGAGAUAUGUCCAUUGCUGUUUUGAGGACAUUUGUAUCGAAAUACAAGCAAGAGCAUGAAGCCCUAUCAUCUAAAAGAUUGAAAACUAGACCGAAAGCUUCAGAUGUGUCCACCAUUGAGGUGGAAGCUACCAUGGAUUCUGUGACUCCUAAUGAGAACUCCAAUGGUAAUUGUCAUGUCUCAAAAGAAAUAUCCCAAGAUGAAACCAGCAGCAUCCCGGAAGAACAAUCCUCAAACCAAGCGGGAAAGGGCCAUGGAGAACUGAAGUCACCACGAGUUCUGGAGGCUUUAUCAGCUUCUGGGCUCAGAGCUUUAAGAUAUGCACGUGAGGUUGAUGGGAUUGGUCAAGUUGUGGCCUUGGACAACGAUAAAGUUUCUGUUGAAGCUUGCAGGAGAAACAUAAAAUUUAAUGGUUCAGUGGCAUGCUCAAAAGUGGAGUCGCACCUUGCUGAUGCUCGAGUUUACAUGCUCACCCACCCAAAAGAAUUUGAAGUGGUUGAUCUUGACCCUUAUGGUUCUCCGUCUGUUUUUCUGGACUCUGCUGUUCAAUCAGUUGUUGAUGGGGGCAUGUUGAUGUGCACUGCAACUGAUAUGGCUGUCCUUUGUGGGGGUAAUGGGGAGGUCUGCUAUUCCAAGUAUGGCUCUUAUCCAUUGAGAGGAAAAUAUUGCCAUGAGAUGGCUUUGAGAAUCCUUCUUGCUUGCAUUGAGAGUCAUGCAAAUCGGUACAAGCGGUACAUUGUUCCAGUGUUAUCCGUUCAGAUGGAUUUCUAUGUUCGCGUAUUUGUUCGUGUAUAUUCUUCAGCAGGUGCAAUGAAGAACACUCCUUUAAAGCUUUCAUAUGUUUAUCAGUGCAUUGGUUGUGAUUCUUUUCAUCUCCAGCCAAUCGGAAGGACGGUAUCCAAGAAUACCAGUGUCAGAUAUCUCCCCGGAUUUGGCCCUGCUGUGCCCCAGGAGUGCAGUGAUUGUGGAAAGAAAUAUAACAUGGGUGGGCCCAUUUGGUCUGCUCCCAUCCACGAUCACGAAUGGGUGACUUCCAUUCUAGCAGAUGUUAAAUCCAUGAAAGAUCGUUAUCCAGCUUAUGAUAGAAUAUCAGCUGUAUUGACGACGAUUUCAGAGGAAUUGCCUGAUGUUCCUCUAUUUCUGAGUUUGCACAAUCUCUGUGCAACAUUGAAAUGCACGUCUCCGUCUGCAGUUAUAUUUCGCUCUGCCGUUAUCAAUGCUGGAUAUCAUAUAUCUGGAACUCAUGUAAACCCAUUGGGAUUGAAAACAGAUGCUCCUAUGGAUGUGAUAUGGGAUAUCAUGCGCUGCUGGGUCAAAAAUCACCCUGUGAAAGCUCAGCCACCCGAUCAGGCUGGUAGUGUUAUACUUGCAAAGGAACCUGUUCUGCAGGCUAAUUUUGCAAGAGCUGUAGCGUCUCUUAGCAAAGCACAAGCCAAAAAGGUUGCACGAUUCCUUCCGAAUCCUGAAAGACAUUGGGGACCAAAGCUCAGGGCUGGUCGUCAGAUCACCAGCAAGCACGUUUCUCUUUUGGGUCCCGAGGCGGUAAAUGGCAUAAACAACCACGAAGAAGCUGAAGAGCCCCCUACCAAGCAGACGCUAAGCAAUGGUUCAUGUUCUAUUCAAUCGUGA